ACGAGGGCGAAGGCGAGGAGACGGGCAGCGGCGAGGAGGAGGUGGAGGAGGCGGAGGCGGAGGCGGAGGCGGCGGCCGGGUGGGAGCGCAGCGAGGACGCGCGGUUGCUGCGCGCAGGACUGCCUCCCGCCGCCGUCCCCGCCGCGGCCGCCCGCGACAGGAGCGGCCGCCGCCCGCCGGGGCCGCCGCCCGGCCGCCCGAGGAUGCCGCCGCCCGGCGACGAGGACCGCGCGCGCCGCCGCCGCCGCCGCCGCCGGCGGAGGGACCUUCUGCUGAGCCAGCUCUGCUUCCUGGCCUCGGUGGCGCUGCUGCUCUGGUCGCUGUCGAGCCUGCGGGAGCAGAAGGAGCUUGACCUCAUGGACCUCAUAGGGGAAGACAGGAAGUGGUUGGUGGGGAGGAAACUGUUGCAGGUGAAUGACACUUUGACUUCCGAAGACGCAGGACUCCGAAGCAGCAAGAACUGCACUGAACCAGCCCUGCAUGAAUUCCCCAAUGACAUCUUCACCAAUGAGGACAGAAGACAAGGUGCAGUGGUCCUCCAUGUGCUCUGUGCCAUGUAUAUGUUCUACGCAUUGGCCAUUGUGUGUGACGACUUCUUCGUCCCCUCCUUGGAGAAGAUCUGUGAGCGCCUGCACCUCAGUGAAGAUGUGGCCGGGGCCACAUUCAUGGCAGCAGGCAGCUCGGCACCAGAGCUGUUCACAUCAGUAAUAGGGGUCUUCAUCACCAAGGGCGAUGUGGGAGUUGGCACCAUCGUGGGCUCGGCCGUCUUCAACAUUUUGUGCAUCAUUGGUGUCUGUGGGCUCUUUGCUGGGCAGGUUGUGGCUCUCUCCUCCUGGUGCCUCCUGAGGGAUUCGAUUUACUAUACACUGUCUGUGAUCGCACUCAUCGUGUUCAUUUAUGAUGAAAAGGUUUCUUGGUGGGAGUCUUUAGUUCUUGUGCUGAUGUAUCUUAUCUACAUUGUCAUCAUGAAAUAUAAUGCUUGCAUACAUCAGUGCUUCGAACGGAGGACAAAAGGUGCUGGGAACAUGGUCAACGGGUUGGCCAACAAUGCUGAAAUUGAUGACAGCAGCAACUGCGAUGCCACUGUGGUGCUACUUAAGAAAGCCAAUUUCCACCGCAAAGCGUCAGUGAUCAUGGUGGAUGAGCUGCUGUCGGCCUACCCACACCAGCUUUCCUUCUCCGAGGCUGGCCUUCGAAUCAUGAUCACAAGCCACUUCCCUCCCAAGACCCGGCUCUCCAUGGCCAGCCGCAUGCUGAUCAAUGAGAGACAAAGACUGAUAAACAGCAGAGCUUACGCCAAUGGGGAAUCCGAGGUGGCCAUCAAAAUCCCAAUUAAGCACACUGUGGAGAAUGGGACAGGACCCAGCAGUACCCCAGACAGGGGCGUGAACGGGACAAGGAGGGACGAUGCUGUUGCCGAGGCUGGCAACGAAACAGAGAAUGAGAAUGAGGACAACGAGAACGAUGAGGAGGAGGAGGAGGAGGAGGACGAUGAUGAAGGACCGUACACGCCAUUCGACCCCCCCUCUGGCAAACUGGAAACAGUGAAAUGGGCGUUCACCUGGCCAUUGAGUUUCGUCUUAUACUUCACUGUACCCAACUGCAACAAGCCACGCUGGGAGAAGUGGUUUAUGGUGACGUUUGCUUCCUCCACGCUGUGGAUUGCCGCCUUCUCCUACAUGAUGGUGUGGAUGGUCACGAUCAUCGGUUACACUCUAGGGAUUCCAGACGUCAUCAUGGGGAUCACUUUCCUGGCCGCAGGAACCAGCGUGCCUGACUGCAUGGCCAGCCUCAUUGUGGCCAGACAAGGGAUGGGGGACAUGGCUGUGUCCAACUCCAUUGGGAGCAACGUGUUUGACAUCCUGAUUGGCCUGGGCCUCCCAUGGGCUCUGCAGACCCUGGCUGUGGAUUACGGAUCCUAUAUCCGGCUGAAUAGCAGGGGACUGAUCUACUCCGUGGGCUUGCUCCUGGCCUCUGUCUUUGUCACGGUGUUCGGCGUCCACCUGAACAAGUGGCGGCUGGACAAGAAGCUGGGCUACGGGUGUCUCUUCCUGUAUGGCGUUUUCCUGUGCUUCUCCAUCAUGACUGAGUUCAACGUGUUCACCUUCGUGAACUUGCCCAUGUGCGGAGACCACUGAGCCACCGGCCGCCCACAGAGGCUCAACUCCUUUUCUGUGCAAUACGAGACCCGGCCGCACCCUGAGUCAUACGGGCGCAGGGCCAUGGCCUCCGUCUGGCCCAAGCUGUCCCCACAGGUCUCCACUCCUGGUGGCCCAGGCUUCCCUGACCCGCCUCCUUGCCCCCCCCACCUCCUGGGGUCUUGCCCAUCCACCCCCUUCCCGACUCCUCCAUGUGAAGACGUCCGACAUCCACGUGACUUUUCAGGCUCCAUUUUUGAACAAUGACUGAGAUUCUAGAAAAACUGGCUGCUAACUGGCCUGAGCCAGGCAAAACUGAAGACAGCCCCUCCUCCUUUUUUAAGUUAUUUGAUGGAAGAAACCUAAUUUAUGACCUGAGGCUGUGGAGGGAGUCGAGAGGAGGGGUCCGUUGAUCCAGGGAGUGUUUGGGAUUUUACCUUGUUUAGAGGUGAUUCCUUGGUGACUGGGUUUAGGGUUUGUUUUAUUUGGGGGCUUUGCCCAUUUAUUCCUCUUCUUCCAGAGAUCAAGAGCUUCUCUUGCAUCCUCUUCCACUGGGCUCUGGUUUAGUUGAUGACCCAAAGGCUAUAUCCACCUGUCUCCUGGUCUUGACUUCCAAGAGGACUGGGGUAUGCCUGGAUGUAGUGCUUAGUAGAGGAAUGUUGGCCGAGGCCAUCAAGAAUGCAUGACAUUUGAUAACCAAGGACGCUUGGCCAAGGUCCUGGGGGCGUCAUCUGGAGGGCGCAAGGUUUUGGAGGAAGAAGACGGUUUCCCUCAUAUCCAGCUUGACCAUCUCUUUCUCACUAGGUUCUUUCUAGUUUUUCAAGCAAUAGUUCUAGGUUGCCUGAAGCCUCUGGCAAAGGGGCCUGGGUAACCUACCCAUCCGCAAGGUGCCAGGCAGUCAACCACCGACAGAAGCUUCCCCGACUCGUGAGUCCCUGAGGUGUGCUCUUGUUGCUUGGCAUUUGGGGUGACAGGGAGUGACCCAGAGGCCACCACUGCUUAUCAUGCAGGAGUUACAGACACUGGUUUCCUGGAGAAGGGAGAGAAGCAUACUUUGCACAGACAUUGUUGAUCAAGUCCCAAUUUGCCACUUGGUAUCGAGUACACUGGACCCCGACAGCUGGCUCCUGGGCAGAUAUCCUUGCUCACAGGACGCCACAGCCAUGUCACCCCAGCUGCACGCCUCCCCUCCUGGAGGGACGGCCAGGGAAGGAGAAAACAGAACUGACAUCUUGGAAACCACAGAAUGUGUUCAACGCAGACUCGCUCAAGGGCAUAAGUUAUUGUGGACAUUUUUGCCAAUCACUGCUCAACAGCCCUGCUAGAUUUUGUAUGAUGCUGAGCUAUUCCGCAGACUAAUUCCAAGUUGAGACACACCCAUGCUUGUUACACUGUAUUUAUUGAAACUGUGGAUUCUUGCCCGUGCUGUCCCCCUGUAUUUACUUUAAGCACUGAUCACUUAUUCAUUCAUUCGGUAUGGUUUUCCCCAUCUCUUGUAUGACUCGUAAAAAUAACCUUGACAAAUUGGUUGAAUGUUUCUGUCUGCGGUGCAAACCGAGGUCAACAUUAAUGGAUGGGGCGCCCGCUCCCCAGGGAACAGGAGGGGAGAUUGCCAGUUUGGGCUCUCAGAGCUAAGACACUCUUAUUGAUUCUGUUGCACAUUUUGCACUGGUUUAUGGCAAUUGUUUUCUUGGACGGAUAGUGUAAAAUAAACUUUUCUGUUCUGUAUCC